UUGCCGCUAUCUUUUCUCAGUCUAUCCAUCAUGGUCGUCAAUCAGCCUGUCACUCAUGUUAAAGUCGGUGUCCUUGCUUUGCAAGGUGCCUUCAUUGAGCACAUUCACACCCUGAACAACAUUGCUGAAGUCACAGAGGCGAUCCCUGUCAGAACCGAAGAGCAACUGAAUUCCGUCGAUGCUCUUAUCAUCCCUGGUGGAGAAUCAACCGCUAUGGCUUUGAUUGCUGAACGCUGUAAUAUGUUGGAACCCCUUCGUGCGUUUGUCCGAUCGAAGCCAACCUGGGGUACUUGUGCCGGUAUGAUUUUGCUUGCCGACGAAGCUAGCAAAACCAAGAGAGGCGGUCAACAAUUGUUGGGAGGACUUCACAUUUCUGUCAACCGCAACCAAUUCGGUUCGCAAAAGGAAUCUUUCGAGACCGAUUUGUAUAUGCCAGAAGUGCUUGGAGGUGAUACUCCUUUCCACGCUGUGUUCAUUCGGGCACCCAUCAUCACCGAAAUCAAGUCAGACAAGGUCAAAGUGUUGUGUAAACUUGGCAACCAAGUUGGUAGCACUGAUGCCGAGACCAUUGUUGCUGUUCAACAGAAUCAUUUGAUGGCAACAGCUUUCCACCCUGAACUUACUAGUGACGAUCGAUUGCAUCGAUACUUCGUUGGCAUUGCCUUGCAGCACAAGGCUUGAUUGUAUUCUUCCUUUUGUAACAUCUACCCUUCUUGCUUUCCUUUAAUUGUCAAAGAAAAAACUUUCAUUCGUUGUGUAAUUUAGGGUAUUCCCUCUAUAUAGAUUCCUGAUAAAAACAUACCAAGUACAAUACAGAUACAUUUACAAUCGUAAAUCGUU